GCCAGCCAUGCGACAGUCAGCUCGUAAACGUUAUCAUUGUCGGACGGAUUCGCGUCCUCGGUUUCCCGGGUACACCUACUCGAUGGCACGUUUUUGUUGUGGUCGCGAUACGGGUACAUGCGAAUGGUAUGAGCAUUUGUGUUAUUGAAAGUGUUUUGAGAGUAAAGAGCAGUGAAUUUGUUACAAACAAAUGUUUUUUUGUGCAGACAUUACUUUGAUGGAUAUAGAAAGUGAAGAUCUCAACUCGUGCUAUUUAUAGUCCGCGCAGAAUGUGAAGUGUUUUCGUUUCUUGCUCUAUACAUAUGUUAUUCAACGGUAUGCAGUUCACACCUCUGUUUGAAUAGUUUAUGCAAUUACAGCACCCAUCGGAUACAGUUGCAACAUCACCUCUGCAUUGGACAACCGCAUACUAGCGAGCGCAUCAUUCGUUCGCCCAUGUCAUCUCAUUAGAACCAUGCGAGUAUUUGCUAGACUUUUCAUAAAAAUUAAACACACGCAAAACAUUAUCCGACAUUUAUGUUGUUGUGAAGAACAGUUUCAUCAAUCAAUAUCAAUGGAUUACUGUAGUGCAAUUAUGCAGAGACAUAAAAUAUGACUCUUGCUGUAUCGUAGUAUUGAUCAUGUAGUGGAUUAGAAAAAAGAAGUCCAACUGAACCGAGACUAUCCCAUAGAACCAAACAACCAACCAGCAACGGCAAAAAUUCUAAAGGUGUCCAAGGAGAUGAAUUCAACCUGGCGUGUGAUAGUAUUUCUAAUAAUACUAUGGCGAAUUUGCUACAAUAACAAUCUCUUGGUCCACGGCUGUCCUCUGGAGUGUAUCUGUCUAUCACAAACACAGGUCAUGUGCAACACUGGCGCUCUGCGUGAGAUACCAUUGAAAACCAUCCCUGUCACGGUAGAGCAACUGUCACUCACCAAAAACUACUUCCCAAUCAUCAAAAGUGAUGCAUUUGGAGGAUUGAGAGCGUUACGAAAGCUGUCACUCGAUGGCAAUAACAUCACCACUAUUAAACCAUUUGCUUUCCGUGGUCUACCUCGGCUGCGAGAUCUCUCGAUUCAACAUACCCCUCUGGCAACAGUUGCAUCAUUUGCCUUUGCCGGGCUGCAGAACGUCUCGCAGAUACAGCUAUCGCACAACAAAAUCCUACGCAUCGAAGGGUACGCAUUUGCCGGGGCCGUCAACAUUCGACAGAUACAUCUCGCCGACAACCCAACCGUAACGAUCGAGACGAACGCAUUCUCCAGCCUUAGCAACGUCGAUCGACUCAUCCUACCGUCGGGUAUACGUGUGAUCGAGCCGGACGCUUUCUAUGGGCUCGAAACGGUUGGCUACCUGAAGCUUUCUUUUAUGGAUCUUGCCUCCCUGGAGCCGUACACAUUCCGGGGCCUGACGCACGUCAAACUGCUCUCCCUGCAAGAAUCUGAUCUAGGUAUCAUACGAGCUGGCGCCUUUGAGGGUCUUGUGCAAGUAGAGCUGCUCAACAUACUCAACAACAAAAUUGACGCUAUUCAGGAGCUCAACAUUACUGCGGCCAAUAGAAUUAGGGUGCUUCGGAUACAGGGUAACCAUCUGCUCGAAACUCCCGAAAGUGGCUCGAUCGUGCUUGAGGGCAUCGAUACACUGCAUGUAAAUAGUAACUACUUCCCAUGCGGAUGUCACAUCCACACGCUCCUAGAUAGUCCCCUCUCCAACGGUACUUACUUGUCACACAGUGGGGCUCCCGCCGGUGACUUCCUCUCCAAGAACUACUGCAUCUCCCCGCUCGAGGUGAACGGGAUGCCAAUGAGCUCAAUCGAUAUAUACUCAAUCGGGCGCUGUCUUGAACAGGUUACACGAGAAAAUCUCGAAGCAGCCAACUCAGUCAUAUCAACUAUGCUGCGGGGACAGUCUUGGAACAGGUGGCUGCAGUGGCAAAGUGAACAUAGUAAGCGAUCUCAAGAGAAGACACUCAUUUCGUCCGUGUCGUCGGCUGUGCGGUUUCUGGCGGCAUCGCCUAUCAUAGCAAUUAAGUUUUUAGUAUACUUAAAAAAUUUUAACAUAAAAAUCAGUUGA